UAUAAUCAACUCAGCUUAAGAAGUUCAGAGCUUCUGCUUGGGCUUCUUGCCACAACAGAACACCACGAUGACUAUGACCUUUUUCUCCAGGCUAGAUCUUCAGGAGGGCCUCCGAACACUCUCUGUUAUGCAGUGGAUUCCAGUCUAUGUAAUUUUAGGGGCUAUUCCCAUUGUCCUCAUGCCUUACCUCCUUGUGUUCACUAACUUCUGGUCCUUGGCUGUGCUCACCUUAGCCUGGCUUGCUUAUGAUUGGAAAACCCAUAGUCGAGGUGGUAGGCGGUCAGCUUGGGUACGAAACUGGACACUCUGGAAAUAUUUCCAAAAUUACUUCCCAAUAAAGCUGGUGAAGACACAUGACCUUUCUCCCAAACACAACUACAUCAUUGUCAGCCACCCCCAUGGCAUUCUCUCUUAUGGUGUCUUCAUCAACUUUGCCACUGAGGCCACUGGCUUUGCUCGGAUUUUCCCAUCCAUCACUCCCUUUUUAGGAACCUUGGAAGGGAUCUUCUGGAUCCCAAUUGUGCGAGAAUAUGUGAUGUCAAUGGGUAUAUGCCCAGUAAAUGAGUUGGCUCUGGAAUACUUGCUGACCAAGAAAGGCUCAGGCAAUGCUGUGAUUGUUGUGGUGGGUGGAGCUGCAGAAGCCCUCUUGUGCUGCCCAGGAGCCUCCACCAUCCUCCUCAAAAAUCGUAAAGGUUUUGUGAAACUGGCACUGAAGACAGGGGCAUACCUUGUUCCUUCUUAUUCCUUCGGUGAGAAUGAGGUUCACAAUCAGGAGACUUUCCCUGAAGGCACAUGGAUAAGGUUCUUUCAAAAAAAUUGCCAGAGAGCAUUCAAAAAACUCCUGGGAAUAAAUUUCUGUACCUUCCAUGGCCGGGGCCUCACUCGUGGAUCCUGGGGCUUACUGCCUUUCAAUCGGCCCAUUAAUACUGUUGUUGGGGAACCCCUGCCAAUCCCCAAGAUUAACAUGCCCAACAAGGAGACUGUGGACAAGUACCAUGCACUCUACAUCAGUGCCCUGCGCAAAUUGUUUGACCAACACAAAGUUGAAUAUGGUCUUCCUGAGACUCAGGAGUUGGCAAUCAUAUAACAGGAGCCACAUGCCCUAUUACUAAAUCCACAAAGGCACAAGGAAUCCAAACAGAGCCAUAAGAAAGGAAGAAUUUGAAGAGGGAGUGGAUCAUAAGGAUAAUGACGUGAUGACAACCAAGCUAGAAAGUACUUAUUGAAUGCAGGUUCCAAAAAUGGCAUACCCUUCCAAGUGGCAGAGUCAGGUAUGCAGAAAGGAACCAGAGGGGCCUGGGAGAACUGGGGAGGGCUGGCCAGCAAAAGAGGUGGCUCUAUCCCCACCCCUGGGUUGUUUUAGGGCAACAACCCUGUUUAGGGGUCUCGUGAGUCACUCUAGCCAACUAACUGAAGCAAUGAGAAGCCAACAAACACUGUUCUCCUAAACCUUGGUGAUACCAUUACUAUUUAGGUUUAGGAGUGGAAGUUUUGUGUAGAAGAAGGGUAGUUUGUUUCAUCUCAGCUUCUUUCCUUACAAUUUGGGACUGCCACAAGGUAAACAAGGGACCUGAAUUGUGGCUCACACAGACAGGAUUCCCUCAGCUAUGACAGAGUUUCAGAUCCAUCAUGGAACUACAUGUUUCUUCUAUAAAAAUAAAGCUCUAGAUAUAUAAAACAGUAUACAGUUAUUUCCUAAUUACUCUGUAGUUCACUACUGGGCAUCCCUCAAACCUAAGAUUUACCCUUCUAGCUGGAAAGUUUGUGUAUAGAAAGCUAGUUUCUUCUUCUUUAUCAGUCACCCUUUAUGCCACCCAUGACAGAAGAGGUGAGGGAAUAGAACUAUAGCUACUAUAGGUGUAGGAGACAGAAGCAGAAACACAGGAACUGGCACAGGUUGCUAUGGAAUAGCCCAUCUUUACUGAUCCCAUACAACCACUCUGGAUCAGAAAGGAAGGAGCCACAAGACUAUGCACAAGCUAUAAGUUUGCUUGAUGUCAGAUACCUACUGUGUCCCAGAGAUCAUGUCAUCACUUUCACAACUUUUGCCUCUUAAUGCUAAUGCCCUCUGAGAUUGACAUUGCCAUCAUCCCCAUUUCACAGUAGCUGAAGUUCCUACAGGUUAACAAACUUACACAAAGCCAUACAAUUUUGGAUAGAACUAGCAUUCAAAUCUAGGUCUUACUAAUUCCAAACCAAAGUUCUCUCCAGUGCACC